AUGACACAGUUUUUCAGUCAGAUCUCACAGAUUCUCAUCUUCAUCAUGAUCAUCAUCUCUUUCCUGUAUUUCAAUGGUCACGGAAAUGGUGCACAUGACUUCAGUAAAAGAGAAGAGACUGUCCGUAUUAAUGUUAGCUCUUAUGAGAAGCAUCUCUCCUACAAGCAAGAUCCAGCUAACUCUAAACAAGGGGACAUUAUGAUUCUGAAGCUAGAGAAAAAAGUCAAACUAAAUAAGAACAUCAAGACGAUUACUAUACCAACAAAACCAGAGGAGAUCAAAGUCAAUACAGUAUGCAGCAUUGCAGGUUGGGGACUUCUGGAGAGUAAUGGCACAACAAGUUCUAAACUUAUGGAGGCGGAAGUGAAGAUUAUGAAUAAAACACAUUGUAAAAAGCCAUUCAGAGAUUACAUAGCUUCAAGUAUGCUGUGUGUACAUGGCCAUGGAGGAUCCUGCAAGGGGGAUUCCGGAGGUCCUCUAGUCUGUGGAGACACUGCAGUGGGUGUAUCAUCCUUCAGUCGCAUAAGAGAUCAAGCUGAUGUUUAUACUGAAAUCUCAGCAUUUCUUGUAUGGAUCCAGAAUGUAACUAAGAGCUAA